AUGGAACCUGAUCGAAAUUCUCAUCGACACGGUGGCUGUAUUAAAUUUUUAAGUGACUUUCGAGCACUCUUUAUCAAAACAUUUCUGCUGGCGAUACGAAAACCUGGUCAGACAAUUACGGAAAUCUUAUUAGCUUAUACAUUUAUGGGUUUCUUGCUUGGUAUGCGUUAUAUUCUUGAUCGUCGUUAUUCUUCUGCUUUUCGAAUACCUGCAUUCCGUCCACAAGAUGCAUUAUUAUUUAAUACAUCGGCUAAUGGUAUAUAUUAUUAUCCAGGAAAUACAUGUGCAGAAACUAUUGUGAACAAUGCUGUCGAUGAUAUUACAGCUGAAUGGCCUACUUUUAAUAAUACUAUUCAAGUUAUGACCGAUCCGACACUUGCAUCAACAUCAAAUACUACAAUACUAUCUAUAUAUGCCUUCAUUUAUUUUACCAAUCUUGAUUCAUGUACGGAUGCCUCAACAAUGCCUGAUGAAGUUAAAUAUACUUUACGUUUACAAGAAAAUGGUCCAUUUUAUUAUCGUGCACAAAGUGUAAAAAUUUCACCAAAUGAUUAUAUGUGGAAACGUGCUCCAGAAGAUUUUUGUCAAGGAAAUGCAACUAUUGCCAAUUAUACCAAUCGAUUUGUUGGUAUUCAAUAUUCUAUUGAUAUGAAUAUUAUUAAAUAUGUUACAAAUACUACUCAAGAUUUAACAUCAAGUGUAAGCGUAGUCACAGGAUUGAGUAUGUUGGUGAUGCCAAGUUCUGGUGCCCGAGUAAAUAGUAUAAGUAAAGCCUUAUUUAACUCUACACAUUGGACAGUGCUUUGGACAAUUCUAUUUGUUUAUUCAAUACAAGUCUCAACAUUUAGUGUCCUCUUUGGACAGUUUUUCAAACGUCCAUUACUUGCAAAACUUCUUGGUUUUGUUGUAUGGGUAAUCACAUUUAUUGACUUUUAUCCAGGUGUACCUGUUGGUGCUCGAUAUUUCUUAUGCAUAUUUCCAAACACAGGUCUUAUGUUUUGUUUACAAGUUCUCUUACAAUAUGAACGAAGAGGAGUUGGAAUAACUACAUUUAAUCAACUCUAUUCCAAUAUAUUUCCAUAUCCAUUAUAUAUUGGUAUAUGUCUUCUUCUGAUGCUUAUUUAUUCUGUCAUUUAUUUAUUCUUGGCAAUCUAUGUUGAACGAGUUAAUCCAGGUGAAUUUGGUGUUGCACAAUCAUGGAAUUAUUUGUUUAAAAGAUCUUAUUGGAAACCGAGUGCAACAUCAGUUGUUAAACCAUCAGAUAGUAAUGGACAUGCAAGAAGUGUAAAAAAUGGUCAUAUAGGCGAUGGUAAUACAAAUUGGAUUGAAAUGAACUCGAUGAAGAAUAAGAAAGAUCCAUUAUUAAUAAUAUCACAUUUGACAAAAAAAUUUGGAAAAUUUGAAGCAGUCUCUGAUUUAUCAUUGAAGUUCUAUGCAGGUGAAGUAUGUUCAUUAUUAGGUCAUAAUGGUGCAGGAAAAACAACAACAACAUUUAUUCUUGUUGGUAUGUUAGAAGCAACAUCAGGACAAGUAACAAUUGAAGGACUAGAUAGUCGAGAACAUAUUCAAGAUGUUCGAAAAAUUCUUGGAUUUUGUCCACAAUAUGAUAUUCUUUAUGAUGAAUUAUCAGUGAAAGAACAUUUGGAACUGGUCGGAAAGAUGCGGCAUAUGAAACCAGAAGUGAUGAAACAAGCUAUAGAAACCACCCUGCAACUUAUUGGACUAGUGAAUGAUCGACAAACACUUUCUAAAAAUCUUUCAGGUGGUAUGAAAAGACGCUUAUCUAUUGGCAUCUCAUUUAUGGGUGAUCCUAAAAUUCUCAUUCUUGAUGAACCAACAAGUGGCAUUGAUCCAUAUAAUCGUCGUUUGAUUUGGACAAUCAUUCGAAAAAUGAAAGAAUCAGGCAAAUGUAUUAUUUUAACAACUCAUUUUCUGGAAGAAGCUGAUGUUUUAUCUGAUCGAAUUGCUAUCAUGACAAGUGGACGAUUGCAAGCAAAUGGAACACCUGAUUUUCUGAAAAGUCAAAUAGAAUUCGAAUAUCGCUUAUUUAUUGAUAAGCAAGAAACAUAUCCAAAUGAACGUGUAACAGUAUUUAUUCAAAAAUAUCUUCCAAAUAUUGUAUUAGAGAGAGAAUCAUCAUCAGAGAUGGUGUUUGGAAUAAGAAGAAAUGAAUCUAAAGAAAUUGGAAGAUUAGUACAUGCAUUAGAUGAAGAAAAAUUGAAUAUUGGUGUAGAUCAUUACGGAUUAUCGAUGACAACAAUUGAAGAAGUAUUUUUAAGAUUGAUUCAAGAAGCAGAAGAAGAAGAAGUCAUAAAACAUGGAGCAGCCUCAAGUCAAGAACUGGCUAAUAAAGUUUUUCGAGCUGAACAUGAACGAGAAGAUGGCUUUCGUCUUUUUUGGCUCCGUAUCGGUGCAUUACUUAUCAAACGAAUACAUGUCCUUCGUCGACAAUAUGUUUUUUUAGUGGGAUUUUUUUUACUUCCAAUACUUAUUGAAAUUAUAAUUGUCAGUGUUUUACCAUCUCCACAAGAUAUUCAAGCAUCACUUGUACAAAAUAAUCAUGUUACAGGCGCACAAGUUACAUUCCAACCAUCGAUUUAUAAUCCACAAACCAUUGUUUCUUAUGCUAAUAACAAUGGAAGUAAUGCAAGAACAAAUCUUAUGAAUUAUCUUCAGAAUACAGGUGCAACGAUUGAUGAAAUAUCAUCUGAUACUGUAUUGAGUUAUGUACAAAAUCGAUAUUAUGCAAGUGAAGAUAUUUUUGUUAAUAAGUAUCAAAUAGCUCUUGCUCUUUACAAUAAUCUUACAUCAACAUCACCUUCAUUAACAUUUAAUAGUUAUUUUUCAACAGUUAACUAUCAUGCGAUGCCAGUAAGUCUUAGUGCUGCUUCAACAAAUCUUUUUCAGUUUUACGCUAAUUCAACAACAAAGAAAAUUACAACAACAAAUCAACCAAUCUUAACUACAUCAACAUCGUAUACAGCACUUGCACGAUUCUUUGAUAUUCUAUAUUGUUUUGAUACACUACCAUUAUCAUUAUUUAACUUUAUCAAUAGUAUUGUUGUGUCAAUAUUUAUGAGUAUGCUUAUUGUGCCAAUAAUUCAAGAACGUACUAAGCAUUCAAAAGAUUUACAAUUAUUAACAAAUCUAAGUAAAGGAACUUAUUGGUUGUCAAAUAUUAUCUGUGAUAUAUGUUUAUGCGUUAUACUUUGUGCUCUUUUGACAAUUGUUGUUAAGAUUGGUGCAGCAGCUAAUCCAAAUAUUCAAUCUGAAGUGCAUAUUUAUAAUAACUCCACUCAAGGGGGAUAUUUUUUUCUCAUGAUUCUAAUGUAUUCAUUGGCUUCAUUACCUUUGAUCUAUGUUUAUUCAUUUAGUCCAAAAUCUGAAUUGAUUGGAUUCAUCGUAUUCUUCAUAGUUAAUGUUAUUGCUUGUUUUUUUGAUAUGAUUCUACAUUUUAUAGCAACAUUUUCUCAAUCUCAGGCAAUAAAUGCAACCAGUGUAACAAAAGCGACUUCUAUCAUGAAUAAUUUGACUUAUGUUCUUAUAAUUCUAUUUCCAUCUGUUAAUCUCAAACGUUCGUUAUUCAAUAUCCGUUUGAGAUCAAAUCCAGACUGUAUUUCAUCAUUGAAUUCACUUCUAUUUACUAGUUACUCUGCAACAGAACCAUGGAUGUCAAUUUAUGAGCCUGGUCUUGGACUCGCAUUUCUUAUCUUUUGUGUUCAAAUGUUAUUUUGGUGGUUUAUUUUAGUUUUAAUUGAAAAUAAAGAGCAUAUGAAAUUAGGAUGUCAAGAAUUUUGUUGCUGUUGUUGUAAUAUGAAUCGAAAGAAAGUCGGUAAAAAACAUAAAUAUGCUGUGCCAGGAUCAGGAAGAACUUCAAAUGGGAUGGUUCCUGGCAGAGAAGCAUUACCAUCAUCAUCAGCUCCAUGGAACGAUGCACAUUUAGAUGAAGAUGUUAGAAAUGAACGACAAUCUGUAUUACAUACAAAUAGUUCAUCAACAUCAUUUGUUAUUGUUGUUCGUGAUCUUGUUCAACAAUUCAAAAAACGAAAAAAUAAAUUAUCAGGUCAACGAAUCUAUACAGCUGUUGAUCAUCUCAAUUUUCGUGUCACAAAAAAAUCUUGUUUUGGUUUAUUAGGAGCAAAUGGUGCUGGUAAAACAACAACAUUUAGAAUGUUAAUCAAUGAUCUCAAACCAACAUCUGGUGACAUUUUUAUUAAUGGUAAAAAUAUUAACAAAAUAGAAAGAGAUCUUGAAAUAGGUUUUUGUCCACAAUUUGAUUGGCUCAUCAGUAAUCUCACUGUGAGAGAAACAUUAACUUUAUUUGCUAGAUUAAAAGGUUUAAAAUGGUCAGAAAUAUCAGAAAUAUGUGGUGAUAUGAUUAAUCUUUUUGGUCUUGAACCAUAUGAACAUCGAAGAAUAGAAAGACUAAGUGGUGGAAAUAAGAGAAAAGUGAGUGCAGUAUUGGCAUUUAUGGCAAAUCCUGCUUUGGUAUUUUUGGAUGAACCAACAACAGGCUUAGAUGCUGCUGCUAAGCGAAAGUUAUGGAAUGUCAUUCGAGCAGCUCGUGAUAUAGGUUUGACUAUUAUUCUAACAAGUCAUAGUAUGGAAGAAUGUGAAGCAUUAUGUACAAAGAUAGGAAUAAUGAAACUAGGUCAAUUUGUAUGUUUGGGAACUUUACAACGAUUGAAGAAUCGUUUUGGAAGUGGAUAUGCUGUUCAAGUGAAACUUCCAUUACAAGAUGUGAAUGUAUUCAAAGAAGAAUUGAUGUUAACUUUGCCAGGAAUACAAAUCGAAGAGCAACAUAAUGGAAUGUUAUUUUGUUCUAUUCCAUUUUCAUCAUUAAGUACAACACCAGGUGUUACAAAUGAAAAUUUAAUGAGUUUGUCACAAACAUUCGAAUGGUUUAAUAAAAAAACAGAAGAAAAAUCUAUUGAAAGUUAUUCCAUAACACAAACAACACUCGAUCAAAUCUUUGUUCAUUUGACUGGUGAAGAUGAAGAUGCGAUUGCAGAUGAAAAUACAAAGAUGUGA